AGGUAACAUAACCACUCAGCUAAAUCAUCAAGUCCUAACAUUCCCUACACCAGCUAGAAAAUAUUUUUGUGAACCCCAUACUCAUUUCUCAAGAAAAUACAUAGGAAGAUCAACAUGGCUUUUGGAUUGCCUGGUUUUGUUCAGGGUAAGAAGGCUCUUCGAAGAUCACCUUCGGGCAUUAAAGAAGCUGAUUUGAAGUCCAAAACCAUCCCAAAAGGCUACUUUGCAGUGUAUGUUGGAGAGGAGCAAAAGAAGCGAUACGUAGUACCUCUUUCGUACCUAAAUGAGCCUGCAUUUCAAGAAUUGCUAAGUAUGGCUGAAGAAGUAUUCGGAUAUGAGCAUCCGACUGGUGGACUCACAAUUCCCUGUAGAGAAGACAUCUUUAUUGAUCUCACUUCUCAGUUGAAUUGAUUGUAAAUCAUAGAACCAACAUAAUUUUGCAGAAACAAUUUUGUAGAUCAUAUACUUUUAUCCCGAAAAGGAAAUUGCUUGACUACCUGUAAAAGUUGUAUAUAGAAAUUGCUCAUUUCACUCGAGUCUACAUGUUCUCCUUUCAUUGGAAAUUAAACUGAGAUCUUUGGAAAGAUUCAUCUCUUCGUGUCAUACUUCGUUCUGUUUUGCUUACACCGCCAUUUUC